AUGGGAAAGGGUUACUAUACUCUCAGAUUUCAGUUUCAAGAGGAUAAAGCCACUGCCAAAGCUAAUCUUUUAUGGGAUUUAUCUGUCGGAUCGCUUUGGUUACGUGAUUGGGUACGUUACUUUAAUCCCUACAAGGAACCUUCUUCUCUCGCUCAGGUGUGGGUUCGGAUUUAUUAUUUGCCUGUGGAGUUUUGGCAUCCUGAAGUUAUUUCGGGUAUUGGAAGUUGGCUUGGACAACCGUUGAAAAUUGAUGGAAAUUCUAUGACUGAAGAUGUAGGACACUUUGUGCGUAUGUUGGUUGAAAUUGAUUUGGCACAGCCUUUGCCGGUAACGCUUAAUAUUGAUGGAGGGGACUACGCGUUUCCGGUGGAGUUCAGUUAUGAAUAUCUUCCUAUAUUUUGUCAUCGAUGCAAGAUUACGGGCCAUUCGAUGGAGAAAUGUCGCAAGGGUGACAAAUCACAGGGAAAGACAACAGAUGAGGUGGAAAAGGGGGACAAAGGACCGGAAGGGCACGCUGUUGGAAAGGCGGUGGUGCAAGCUUCGGUGUUGCAUGCUAACACUGAGGCUUUGGAGGUGGUAGAUAAAGUUGUUGAGGUGAGGUCUGCUCUGACAGAGCGUGCUCAAGUGGAGCAGACCAUGGGAGAGCAGCAGUCUGGGUCCUCUGGGAAUUACUUUUCCCCUUUGGUGACGGCGGAGCAAUCAAGUGAGAUGGCUGACCAUAGGUUAUACGGGCCGGAUUACGGCUGUGUUGAAGCAGAUUAUUCAACCGGCUAA